CUUCGCCGGCCGCCGCCAUUGCAGUUCCUUGUGUCGCCGAUGACACACACGCCUCUUGUCCAGAUCGCCCAAGGAGCCAUGGAGAAGAAGAAAGAGAGGUCAUUGACCUCCAUUCUUGGGAAGGAGCCAGCGAUUGGAAAAAAGAAGAAGGGCAGAAGCAAGACCUCCAGCUCCAUGGACGCCGGCAUCGAGCCGUCCGUUCGUUCCAAGGCCAAUCCAAGCAUCGUCCUUGUUGACCUGCUUGUGAGGGCAAAGCAGCAGGCGCGAGCAGUGCCACCCCCGCCUCCGCCUUGGCGUCUACCUGACAACAAAGGUAUCGGCGCGCGGGCGGCAGCUGUUGUUGCAUCUGGCUGGACCGGCUCCGCGAACACCUCCGUCACGCCUACUUCUCCGGCUGAAGCUGAGUCCCGGGAACAUGAGCCGGAAGAGGAUCGUGUCCAGGAGCAGGAUGAGGAAGAGAAGGAUGAGAAUGUGUAUGUGCCUGCUGAUGAGUCCGAGUCUGAGGAAGAAGAGAACUCGUAUGAUCUUAGAGAUGACAUGUCAGAGGAUGAAAUGGAUAUUGUUCAGUCCCCUGGAGGUGAGACUGAUGUGUUUGUUGUUAGUUCAGAAGAAGACAAUGCAAGAACUGGAGGUGAGACCUCAAUGCAAGAAUACUUGCAAUACAAGUACCUCAAUGCCACCUGCAGAUUCUGAGUUUCUCUCAUUCUUAUCAUCCACUUCUACAAAACGAUCUAAGAGUGAAUUGAGAAACUAUAUGGAUGAUGCAAAUGAGGGUAUGGUUGCCACUUUCAAUCUGCUAGAGUGGUGGAAGGUGAAUGCACUUAGGUAUCCUGUUUUGGCAAACAUGACAAGAAGAUUCUUAACUAUCCCUGCUAGCUCGGUGUCUUCUGAAUCCACUUUUAGCACCGGUGGAAGAAUUCUGGAUGAUUAUCGAAGCUCUCUAAAACCAUACAUGGUGGAGGCAUUGGUGUGUGGCGGAAGCUAUAU